GUGUCCAACUUUGUGCUGCAUUUCUGAUCCUGCUGCAGUCUGCGGAGAAAAUGGAGGCUCGCUUCAUCACAUUUACCCUCUUUCUCCGUCCUCACUGAGCUCCUCGGGGUUUUCUAUGCGCUCUUCAACCGAGAAACAGGAUUUACUCUCCAAACUGAGGUUAUUCUCGCUUCUUCUUCUUCUAUCCCAUGGCGGAGACUGGCAGCAUCAUGGUCUGGCUGCGCGGCGCCCUCGUGACCGGCUGCAUUUCCUGGAAUAAGUUGGAACCUGAGCCUUGAAAGCCACACCAUGGCAUGCCUGUAGUUCCUCACCUUCAUCCAGCAUUCACAUAAUCUACAGCAUCUACAGAAUCACAAAGAGAGACGCAGACAAACAAAGGAGGACUCCCAAAUCUCCCAACGUUUUUUCGCAGCCAGUUUGAAAGGAAUCUUUUUUUGGAGGGAGUGUAAGUGUGUGUGUGUGCUUCCCUUUUUUUAGAUUAGGUGCCUGCCCUGGGCACUGAGGCCAUGAGGCCCAAGACUUUCCCAGCGGCCCCAUAUGUGGGCAACACUCGGCAGAGGCUCCAAGAGAUCAAGGAGGGCCUGAAGCAGCCGGCCAAGCUGGUGAGCCAGGCGUUUCAUGGCGGCAGCUCGCGGUCCGACGGCAGCAGAGCGGCCGACUGCAAGAGCGGGAAAGACGCGGCCAGCCGGCAGCAGCAGCUCAGACCCCCGCAGAAGUUCAACAACUACCAGAAUGCCCUGCGAGAAAUCCGCAAGUCCCUCAUGCCGUUCGACAAGUUCGGCCCUUCUUCCGGGUCGGGACACCCUGCCGGCGCCGGGGAGGUGAACCGGCAGAUGCUGCAGGAGCUGGUGAACACCGGCUGUGACCAGGAGAUGGCCGUGCGGGCGCUGAAGCAGACGGGAAGCAGGAACAUCGAAGCGGCCUUAGAGUACAUCGGCAAAAUGAGUUACCUCGACCCUCGAAAUGAACUCAUCGUCCGCGUCAUCAAGCAGACUUCACCAGGAAAAGCUGGUAUGCCCAACUCCAUGGACCACCGCCCUGCAUUAGAAGCUCCAGGUGAGACUCAGGGCCUUCCUCCCUACCACCCGAUGGGGGCCCAAAUGUACGAGGGAGGCUACGGCCCUGAGGGGGAGAUGCCCCGACCCUACAUGAGCGCCCCCCCCGUCAUGAACUACAUGAUGCCGCCGCCGUCCGGUGCAUCACAGGGUCCUGCCAUGGGAAACCCGAUGGGCCGCCCUCCCAGUAUGGGCUCCUACCCUCCAGUGAUGGCCCCGCAGAACAACCCAGGCAACCCCAUGUACCCCCCGGGGGCCCAGCAGAAGGGCUACCCCGGCGGCAUGGAGCAGCACGGAGCCAUGAUGAGCUACAACGUCCCGGGCCAGCCGCUGCAGCUCCAGCCUCCGCCACCAGGGGGCCCCGUCCCCGGCCCCCACUACGACUACGGCCACGGCAGGCCUCACAUGAUGGAGCCCGCCGGGUACGGAGUCAAGAGGACCGCCUCCUUCCAGAACAAGAUGGCCCCGCCCCCCAUGGCGCCCCAAGACAACUACGUCAACAUGCAGGGGAAGAACGUUCCAGGGGGUGGAGGGGGAGGGUACCCCGCUAACCUGUACCUGCCCCCCCACUCCCACCCACGGCAGGCCUCCCCCACGUCCCACCAGGUCCACAUGAUGUCCCGCUCCCCAGGAGGUGUUGCAUCCAUGGGCCCCGACUUCUCCGACAUGCCCCAGGGUUUGAUGACUCCAUCUAGAGCCAGUUUGAACCUGGAUCUGUACGAGCACCACUGGGCGGGGCCUCCAGGUCCUGAAGGAGCCCCUCAAGCCAGGCAGCCCCAGCCUCAAGGCCCAUUCAGGGGGGAGGUGAGAGUCCCCAGCAGAACCAACUCCUUCAACAGUCGCUCUGCAGGGCAGAAUGGUGUCCGGCCUGCGAUGGCUGUUCCUCCAUCAGCUGGAAAACAGGACCCCUCGCUGGGCCCUCCGAACACCAUCACGGCCGUAACAUCCCCGCCCAUCCAGCAGCCCGUGAAGAGCAUCCGUGUGAUGAGGCCGGAGCCCAAAACAGCCGUGGGGCCAUGUCACCCCAGCUGGAUGACGGCUCAGGAAGCAGGGGAGCCUCUGGCCUACAUGCCGGAGGAGACUUACCCCCUGGAGCCGGCUCAGGAGCCCCGCUGCCCGCCACCACCGUACCCCAAAAACCUGCUCAUGUCGGGGCCAGAGGAGGCAGGGAUGUGUGGAGCUCAGGAUCACAGCAGCCCUGCAAGCAGGAGCUCACAUGGAGGCAGCGGGGGAAGCGGGAAGACAGAGGAGAGCCAGCAGGUGAAGGAGAAGACCAAGGUGGGCAAGGGAGAGAAAACGGUGAAAGACAAGAAGCAGAUCCAGACAUCCCCUGUUCCCGUGAGGAAGAACGGGCGGGAUGAAGAGAAGAGGGAGUCGCGCAUCAAGACCUACUCGCCUUUCGCUUUCAAGUUCUACAUGGAGCAGCACAUAGAGAAUGUGAUGAAGACGCACCAGCAGAAACUGAACCGCAGGCUUCAGCUGGAGCAGGAGAUGUCCAAGGCCGGCCUGUCGGAGGCAGAGCAGGAGCAGAUGAGGAAGAUGCUGAACCAGAAAGAGUCCAACUACAACAGACUGCGCCGGGCCAAGAUGGACAAAUCCAUGUUCAUCAAACUCAAGACUUUGGGCAUCGGUGCGUUUGGUGAAGUGAGUCUGACACGUAAAGUGGACACGGGCGCACUUUAUGCCAUGAAAACACUGCGCAAAAAGGAUGUCCUCAACCGCAACCAGGUGGCUCAUGUGAAGGCAGAGCGGGACAUCCUGGCGGAGGCAGACAACGAGUGGGUGGUGCGUCUCUACUACUCCUUCCAGGACCGCGACAGCCUCUACUUCGUCAUGGACUACAUCCCCGGAGGAGACAUGAUGAGCCUCCUCAUCAGGAUGGGCAUCUUCCCCGAACAUCUGGCGCGCUUCUACAUCGCGGAGCUAACGCUGGCCAUCGAGAGCGUCCACAAGAUGGGCUUCAUCCACCGAGACAUCAAGCCCGACAACAUCCUCAUCGACGUGGACGGACACAUCAAGCUCACCGACUUCGGCCUGUGCACCGGCUUCCGCUGGACACACAACUCCAAGUACUACCAGAAAGGGAGCCACGUCAGACAGGACAGCAUGGAGCCCAGUGACUUCUGGGACGAUGUGUCGAACUGUCGCUGCGGGGACCGGCUGAUGACUCUGGAGCAGAGAGCGAACCGGCAGCACCAGCGCUGCCUCGCGCACUCUCUGGUGGGAACCCCCAACUACAUCGCACCUGAAGUGCUACUGCGCAAAGGUGGGGGGAAAUCUGAAGGUUACACCCAGCUGUGUGACUGGUGGAGCGUGGGAGUGAUCCUGUUUGAGAUGCUGGUGGGACAGCCGCCAUUCCUGGCCCCCACACCUACUGAGACUCAGAUCAAGGUGAUUAACUGGGAGAGCACCCUGCAGGUUCCUGCUCAGGUCAAACUGAGCCCGGAGGCCGUGGACAUCAUCGGGCGCCUCUGCUGCUCCGCGGAGAAUCGAGUGGGCUCGAACGGCGCCGGCGAGAUCAAGGCUCACCCCUUCUUCUCCCAGGUGGACUUCACCAGCAAUCUGCGGCAGCAACCGGCCCCUUACCGGCCCAAGAUCGCCCACUCGAUGGACACCUCCAACUUCGACCCCGUGGAUGACGACUGCGGCCCCGGGGCGUGGAGCGACAGCGGGGACAGCAGCCGGGCGCUGGACAUCCUCUGCUCUCCCAACGGGAAACACCCGGAGCACGCCUUUUACGAGUUCACCUUCCGCAGAUUCUUCGACGACAACGGCUGCCCCUUCCGCUACCCGAAACCCCCCGAGGUCAGCGAGGCGUCGCCAAGCGUGGGCCCGGAAGAGGAGGACGAACAGGAGGAAGAAGAGGAGGAUGAUGAUGAGGAUGACGACGAGGAAGGAGAGCAGGGGGAAGGGUGUGAGCCGGUGUACGUGUAGAGCUGCAGACUGACUUUCUGAGCGUCUUUUUAGCUCGUCACACUGCCACCUAUCACUGCUCUUCUCCUGUGUGUGUGUGUGUGUGUGUGUGUGUGUGUGUGAGAAGAGGCGUGCAUACACAGGUGUGUCUGUGUGUGUUGAUGCAUAUCUGCCAUGUGUGAUUGUUACAGGAGCAGGAUUGGUGAACAUCACCCCCUUGUGGAAACUAUAGUGCGUUCACAAUGACUUCAAAUACAAAACUCCCCUCAUCCAGGACCAAGAAACGACAUUCUGUGUUCACAAAGGGUGAAUCGGUUAGAAAGGAUUUUACAGGAUGAAAGGAUUGAAUCUUGAGAACGUGAGGAUGAUUGGAUCACAGACAAGAUGUCAAAUUCGAGGACUGCUUCUGGAUCUUUCCAGCGGUUUCUUGUCCCAUUCCUUCCACCCUCGUGUCUUACGGACGACUGAAAAACCUCCGCGGUGAUCUCCUGACACAGGAGCUGCUUCACACCCCGAUAUCGGACACACGCGCUGUGACGCCAGUUUACUGUUAGACAGUGAAGUAGGGGGAGACUGAACAAGCAACACGCCUCUUUCACAGCUGCUGCAAAAUAAGCUACAAAGACACAUUGCAUUCACGUGCACACACUCACACACAUGCAUCAGUACAGUUUGGGGUGGAUGAAGAAAUCUCUGCAGGAAGAUUUCAGUGUCAAUAUUUCAAGAAGUUGGCUUCAGAUUCCUCUGAGAGACGGCCAUCUUGAUAUCUGCUUUUUGUAGCAGAUCAAUCUUGAAAUAUUGGAAUUAACUAAAUGAAAUGUGUUUGGUUACAUAUAUCUUGUAUAUCCACAGCUGCCUCAUUUUGUGCCAACUGUAUUUCACCGUGUUUUGUCCUUAAGACGGAGCCUGAUCCUUCUUCCCUAAGAGGUUACUGUUACAAAUAUCUUUGUGUUUUUAAGAUGCUUCAAGUUACUGAUCCUCUAUUCUAACUAACCAUUUCAAAGCUCGGCUACAAAAGCAUUUGAUCCUACAAAAAACAUGUAUAGAUUUCACAUAAGGCUAAAAAAAAAUCAAGCCUAAUUCGGUUUUAGUCGGAUCAAAGACUGAGGUGUUUAUUGAACCUGACGUUCAGUGGACUUCACACAAAGAAUUGGAUCAAGAAAGCAAGAAACCCGUUUUUAAAAUGAUACUUCUUGUUUACUUUGGGGGGCAGAGAACACCCAAUGCUUUGUUUUAAGGAGCACACUGAUGAGUAGAAAGAAGGGUUAGGUGUAACCCUAAUUAAGAGAAAUCAAAGCCAGACCCGGCCAGGCCUGAAUCUGCCGUGUCAGAUGGUGCUGAGUUGGUUUCUCACUGAGAAUCAAAACUCUAACACACACACACACAUUUACAGCUAUUUUGCAAAGAUGAGUUGCAUUGUAACUUAACCCGCCUCCUCGUAUCUUCUUGAGGGAAACACAAACGUGCAACAUGUUCUUACAACAGCAAACAUGUGAUAGUAUGACUAUGUGCAAUACAAAAAAAUACAUUAUAUAUAGUUGUCUAAACACUUAAUAUCCUUUUUUUUGUACUGAAAUGUACAAAUAUAUUGGUUUAUAUAUAUAUUUUCUCUUUUCAGUUACAACAUGCUGCUUAUUAUUGUGGUUAAUAUUAUUUACAUUAUUAUUAUUAUAAUUGUUAUUACCUGUUUUUCUUUUGUUGUGGCUUAAAGAAGUGUGCUUGGGUUUUGAAAGUAAUGAGCCGUGUGCCUUUUUUCUAAUUGAAUGUUGGGAGUGUGUGUCGCCGCUCGAUGACGAAGGUGAUGAUGAAGAUGACGAUCAGUGUUUUUGCAGAACAAAGAUGGCGGACUCUUCCUCUCCUGCUGCCGGGCUGGUCCUUAACGCAAGAGAGGAGGUAUUCAGAAAGAAAUUGGUAGAUAAAAGUUCGAGGAGGAGCGAGGCAGGAUGGCUUCAGGAAAUGUAAUCUGAAAAAGAACAAAUAGCUUUCUCUGUUUUAUAUACAAUUUCAACAAAGAGUUUGUGUUUGGUACAUUUUCCUUAUUUAUCCGAAAUGACCACAAGUGUGAGUGUUGUUUAUCUUUUACUACAGACCUGUGCCAUGUUCUGUUUUGACGCUAUCAUCCAGUACCUUCUCGCUUAUUGACAAUCAUUAAACGGUGACUGCUCUCUGUGUCGAACCGUUUGAACACCAAACCGUUCAGUAUUCUGAAUUUGACCUUGAAGACUGGGAAUGCUCAAGAAGUCUGAACUUUUUCAAGCGAUUUUUUGAAGCAUAAUGAUGAUGGAAAAUGUGAGGAUCAGAUUUGUUACAGAAGAUUUUUUUUUUUUUUUUUUACUUGCCUGACAAUGUAUUGAAAGUUUGUUUUUCUGUAAAUGUGCCGUGCCUUGUGUGAGCAGCACAAUCUUAAAAUAUUGCCUUAUCAUCUUUUUCACAAUCCUC